AUAAAAACAAGAUUUUGGAAUCCAUACAAACAUCGAUUCAAAAAUAUUAAAUUAAAUAAUACUAAUAAUAAUUCCAACAAAAUAUUCCAGAAUUAUAAUAAUAGCCCAUCACUUCAAUCAUCUUGGUCACCUUUAGUGAAGAGAAAAGCUCCUGCUUUGGUGAGCUUAUGUCUUGGAAUUCUAGGAAAACAUCUUGAAGAUGUUAUUGAGGAUUUAGAGGUUUUAACCGGCUUCCCACCCGACAUUAAGAUGGCCAUAACCGCCAUUGCAAGAAGAAGGAAGUUGCUAAAUGAUGACGUGAUCGUUGCAUUGGCAGAGGGCUCUUGGGAAGUUCUUGAUUUUUCAGAUUCAGAUGUCUCUGAUGUUGGCUUGUUGAAGGUGAUAAAGACUUGCAGUCAUGUGAGGGCCAUGGACAUAAGUCGUUGCAGCAAAAUUACUUCAUUUGGUGUUUCAGAACUUGUGAAGGGGUGCCAUUUUCUUGAGAUACUGCGAUGGGGAGGAUGCCCAAGGAGUGAACACACUGCGCGCAGCUCCUUGAGCAUAUUGAAACCAACAUUGAAUGACGUUGAAGGGGAUUCAUGGGAGGAACUUGAUACAACAGAAAUUGUGCAUGGAGCACAAGCAUUACGUUGGCUUGUAUGGCCAAAAAUUGAUGAAGAUUCAUUGGAGACUCUAUCGAUAGAAUGCCCGCGUAUCAUAGUCAAUCCUAAACCGUCACUCUUUGGCCACAAAGGAAUUGAUAUUCCCAGGCAUGCUUUAGCUGGCGUAGCAUUGGAUGACUUUGUUGUGGAAGAUAUUGACCCAAAAACUUGGUUAGUUCCUGGAUCUAGGCUUAAAACAACUUCACCUGUUUUGAACUCAAUUGAGUUGCCAAUUGCUGAAAGAUUCAGACUUGCAUUCGUUGAGAGAGAUGCUAGAUUGGCACCAAAACGAGCCAAAAAUGCUAGACAACGUCAACGACGUGCAGAGCGAGAGUGGGUGACGACAAGUACUAGUGUAAAGUCAAUAGUGCUUGCAACACAAAUGAGCAAAAAUUUACGCAGUUAGUAGGUAUUUAGUUGCAAAAUUUCCAUAAAAUUUUGUCUGUAUGCCCUUGCUAAUGUUCUAGCACUUUGUGCAUGUUAAGUUGUAUAAUUAAAUUUGAGCAGUUAGGAACUGUAUGAUAAUAUAAUAUACACUACAGAAUCAAUGAAUCAUCUUGAACUAUGGUUUUGAAUUA